AUGUUGCUGUGGCGAGAUCGACAGGGUCUAGCCUGUAAAGGCCAUCAAGAGUCCGCUUUUAGUGGUCAGUACAUAUGUCUGGGUCUCCCAAAUGGCGAGCAGCUACUGGACAUACUGAAACGGACUGGACAAAGGAAAUGGGAAGAAAUUGAUCCAAGCUGCGGCAUUUAUCGGCAUGAAGCAUUACAUGCGGUUAUGGAUCGAGUAUGCGAACUCUGUCAUGAAAUGUUUUCUCAUGAACAGAACAGCCUUCGCGCGGAAUGCCGGUUUGUUUAUUUUUCUUCUCGAAUUCGAUUCGGGACACCCCGACGCCAUCCACACGCAACUUGA